GUAGGCUUUUAUGACAGAACACCGGCUGGAUAGUGCCAGUCCGUGAAACAGAGAAUUCAGUAUAGUUAGGGUUCUGAACCUUUAAUCUAUAGCUGGAAUAUUUUUUUCAUACGGAGAAGUGUCUUGAGAUUUGAUCAUGCAGCUCACUUGCCUACUCAGCUUCAUUGUGCUCCUUCCUGCCCUGGUCCUGCCUGAAGUCAUCCCACCUCAGAUUGCUGCCCACACACCCUUUGUCAACUGUAAUGAAUUCUUUGCUAAACCAGGAGGAAUUGUCACUUUCCCAACAAUCUUCAACCAAAAUCAAUAUAAGCAGAUUUGUCAGAAAUACAACAAUAUGUAUGAAUUUGCAACCUUGUACAACACAGAUGACAAGAUUCCUGUGUACUCUGCUUAUCUGUACCGAGGAAACGAAGUAUGCGAUCGUAAAAAUACCUGGUACAUAGAACCUCAGCUUGAUGAUCCUAAUGGUUCUCCAAACAUGCGCCCUAAGAGAGGUGUGAAUGGAGCGGGGGAACACCAAGCCCUGAACACUGACUACAAGAACCAAACAGAGUAUGAGAGAGGCCACCUGUACCCCGUCUUCCACACUUUUCAGCAGUGUACAGUAAAUGCCACAUACACUCUAACCAACGCGGCCCCCCAAGAUCGAUCUCUGAAUCGUGGCAAGUGGCGUGUGCAAGUUGAGGGAGCAACAAAAACAUUCUUAGAUGCCCACUGCUUUUCUGGAUUUGCUUAUGUUGUUACAGGGGUCGUGCCAGGAAUUAAAAAGUUAAAGAAUAGGGUGAUUAUACCAUCUUUUUUCUGGAGUGCCUACUGUUGUCUAGAUAAAACAUCAAUGAAGCCAACUUACUCUGGGGGUUUCAUCACGCCUAACAAUAAUCAACUGUGGCUCAUGAACAGCCACUUUCAGUCCCUGUAA